AUGGCUUCGUUCCUCGUCUCCGCGGCCUUGUCCGCAACGACUCACCCUCCCCCCCUCUCCGAAGCCAUAUCUGGGAUAUUCGGAAGCAUCAGCUUGGUUGCUUGGAUAUGCGUUAUUGCGCAAAGUGCCGACGGUCUCAGCAUGAUGUUCCUUGUCGUCUGGGUAUUGGGUGAUGCAACCAACUUGCUCGGUAUGUUGAGCGCCAUCCUCUUGAUAACGAACUUGUCCAACCCGAUCGUGUUUCUUCCCAUUGCGGCCGACCCCUCAGCGAAAUCUCUUGGCGCCUAUCGCGGUUGUGCCAUAUUUACACACCUUGCCCCGACUGCGAUCAUACUCCCCAGCUAUUUCGUUUUCGCCGACUUGGUCCUGAUCCUACAGUGCGUAUACUACAAUACUCGAAACAAGCGACGUGCGUCACACUCUCACCGCGCCGAGGUUGCAAGGGCUUCUGAAGAGUCACCGCUCCUCCGUCGUGAGUCCGGCUACGAGGCGCAUGCCGAACCUACAAGGAAACAUUCACGCGAUGAGACUGAGAGUGAACCCGCCAGCCAGUGGGGAUCCAACAUAGCCAGUUUGGUGGCUGUCUAUGUAGUGGGCAUUGCAGCGUGGUUCAUUUCGUACAAGGCCGGCGCAUGGGACUCCGGAGACGAUAAGACACCUUCUCCUGACGACGAGGGCCAAAGCCCACUUGAAAUUGCCGGUCUCACUCUCGGCUACAUUAGCGCUGUGUUUUACCUAUGUGCCCGAAUUCCACAAAUUCUCAAGAACUACCGAGAAAAGUCAUGUGAAGGACUCGCCAUCCUGUUUUUCAUGCUCUCCUUGACUGGCAAUUUAACAUACGGAAUCAGUCUAGUCGCGUACAGCCAAGAGAAGAAGUACUUGCUCAAUGCUCUGCCGUUCCUGAUCGGCUCGAUUGGCACCAUUGUGGAAGACUGUAUAAUUUUUGUUCAGUUCCAGCUCUACUCAGGUGGCAAGCGACCCCAUGCGGUUUCGCAGUAG